GCAAAAGGAGACUCUGCCUGAUUUUGGAGGAGGAGGAGGAACUCGGAGGGCAGUUCCAGACGGCCAGGGAAUAGCGGGACUGGGCUGGAGACGCCUCCGCUGCUCCUCCCGCUCCUUCACCCCGCACAUCCCAGCACCCAGAGCCCGGAGCCGACCCUCCAGCCGGGGAUGCGGGAGCCUUUCUGGCACUAGCCACUCCACAAAGUCUUUUUUUUUUUUUUCCUUACCUUUUAGAGGGGUUUUGGAGGAGAAGCUUUGAUGAUCCCAUUUUCCAGGAAUCUGAAUACCCUGAGGGACUGCUGAGAUGUUCGGACAAGCCUUGUUUUCCACUCUCCUUUGUGUGUCUUUAGUUCCUCUCCACGCUCAGUUUGAUGUGGAUUCUCCUACUUCAUGUGCAGAAAAGAGGAACUGCCCCAUCAAUGUCUACUUCAUCAUUGACACCUCGGAGAGCGUUGCUCUGCAGACCGUGCCCAUCCAGAGCCUGGUGGACCAGAUAAAGCGCUUCAUCCCCGUGUUCAUCGACAAACUGGAGAGCGAGCUCUACCAGAACCAAGUCUACAUCACCUGGCAGUUCGGUGGGCUCCACUACUCAGACGUGGUAGAAAUUUACAGCCCCCUCACGAGCAGCAAGGACAUUUACCUGCCCAGGCUGUACGCCAUCAACUACCUCGGCCGGGGCACCUUCACGGACUGCGCCAUCUCCAACAUGACGCAGCAAAUCCAGACCCAGAUGGCCACCGGGGUGAACUUUGCCGUGGUCAUCACCGACGGCCACGUCACCGGCAGCCCCUGCGGGGGGAUGAAGAUGCAGGCCGAGAGGGCGCGGGACAUGGGGAUCAAGCUCUUCGCGGUGGCCCCCAGCGAGAAGGUGUACGAGCAGGGCCUGCGGGAGAUCGCCAACCUGCCGCACGAGCUGUACCGCAACAACUACGCCAUCACGCAGAGGGACACCCUGGACAUCGACGUCAACACCAUCGACAGGAUCAUCCAAGCCAUGAAACACGAAGCCUACGGCGAGUGCUACAAGAUGAGCUGCCUGGAGAUUACAGGUCCGCCUGGUCCCAAGGGAUACCGAGGGCAGAAGGGUGCAAAGGGGAACAUGGGUGAGCCAGGCUCCCCUGGGCUGAAGGGCCGACAGGGCGACCCGGGUAUUGAAGGUCCCAUCGGAUAUCCUGGUCCCAAGGGUGUCCCGGGGCUGAAAGGAGAGAAGGGAGAAAUCGGAUCCGACGGACGGAGGGGCGCCCCUGGUUUGGCAGGCAGGAACGGCACUGACGGACAGAAGGGCAAGCUGGGGAGAAUUGGACCACCGGGAUGCAAGGGUGACCCUGGUGACAAGGGCCCUGAUGGCUACCCAGGAGAUGCAGGAGACCAAGGUGAAAGAGGAGACGCAGGCAUGAAGGGAGAUCCUGGCCGGCCUGGUCGCAGUGGACCCCCAGGACCUCCAGGAGAAAAAGGAAGCCCGGGACUUCCAGGCAAUCCUGGAGCUCAAGGGCCUGCUGGAAACAAGGGAAGUAAAGGUGAAGCAGGAUCCCCUGGACCCAAAGGAGAGCCUGGUCGACGUGGAGAUCCGGGGACGAAAGGCAGCAAAGGCACUCCCGGGGGUGCAGGAGAAAGGGGAGAUCCCGGUCCAGAGGGUCCUCGUGGCCUGCCUGGUGAGGUUGGAAACAAAGGAGCGAGGGGAGACCAAGGACUGCCAGGACCCCGAGGUCCUCCAGGUGCUGUGGGAGAGCCAGGCAGGAUAGGAUCGCGUGGGGACCCUGGUGACCUGGGCCCGAGAGGUGACGCUGGACCACCAGGACCAAAGGGUGACAGAGGCAGACCAGGCUUUAGCUACCCUGGACCCAGAGGACCGCAGGGUGACAAGGGUGAGAAAGGGCUGCCGGGACCCAAGGGAGCAAGAGGUGACCUUGGACCAAAAGGAGUGCCAGGGACCAAAGGAGAGAAGGGGGAACCGGGUGAUCCUGGCCCAGGAGGGGAGCCUGGAUCCCGUGGUCCACCUGGUGAAGCAGGCCUUGAGGGGACCCCUGGCCCACCAGGAGACCCUGGUCUGACGGAUUGCGACGUGAUGACCUAUGUGCGAGAGACGUGCGGAUGCUGCGACUGUGAGAAGCGCUGCGGGGCCCUGGACAUCAUGUUUGUCAUAGACAGCUCGGAGAGUAUCGGCUACACCAACUUCACCCUGGAGAAGAAUUUUGUCGUCAACGUGGUCAGCAGGCUGGGCUCCAUUGCCAAGGACCCCAAGUCACAGACAGGUGCCCGUGUUGGGGUGGUGCAGUACAGCCACGAGGGGACUUUUGAAGCCAUCAAGCUUGACGACGAGCGCAUCGAUUCGCUGUCGAGCUUCAAGGAGGCAGUGAAGCGCCUGGAGUGGAUCGCUGGGGGCACCUGGACGCCGUCCGCCCUCCAGUUUGCCUACAACAAGCUCAUCAAGGAAAGCAGGAGAAAGCAAGCCCAGGUGUUCGCCGUGGUGAUCACAGACGGGCGCUACGACCCCCGGGAUGAUGACAAGAAUUUAGGGGCCCUCUGCGGUAGAGAUGUGGUCGUCAACACCAUCGGCAUAGGGGACAUGUUUGACCAGCCAGAGCAGAGCGAGACCCUGGUCUCUAUCGCCUGCAACGAGCCCCAGCGAGUCCAGAAGAUGAGGCUCUUCUCAGAUCUGGUGGCCGAGGAAUUCAUUGACAAGAUGGAAGACGUGCUCUGCCCAGAUCCACAGGUUGUCUGCCCUGAGCUGCCCUGUCAGACAGAUGACAGGAACCCUGGGAGCGUAAACCCACUUAUUUUCCGCCCCAUGGAAGAGGGAGUCAACAUAGAUUUCCCCAGCACCAUAAGCUCGAUCGCCCAGUUCCUAAACUCCACGCGGGAAUCCCGGGACCCCAGCAUGUACACACAGCUGGUGGCCACUUUGGCCUUUACCGCCGAAAAAGCCAAGUUUGCCACUGGAAGUGAGCGGCAGGAGUGGAUGGACUUGUUCAUUGACACCUUCAAAAUGGUGCACAGCGAGAUUGUGGGGGACCCAGAGACUGUGCUAGGGCUGUGCUGAGACCACUGCUAGAGGUCACGGGGAGGCAGGGGUCGAGUGGAGGUGGUAAUCGUUGUUCCCCAAGCGCCUGUGUGGCAGAAGGGACAGGUACUCUGGUAGAUGCUUUUAGUUUAGGAGAAACAGAGGCAGUGGGACAGCUUUGCUGCGCUCAGCCAGGGAUGGGACACAAGGAGCAGUCCCCUCUGGCUCAGCUGGCUUUCCCCAGCAAUGGCAGGGGAUGCUCUGGCUUUGCCCGCUGCUUUUUUUGCAGAGUCUAACGAUGCACUUUCCCUGUGCACUCCUGCAUGUGUCUUUGCUGACACCUUCUGAAGCAUCUUCUGCAUCCUCUCCCUCAGUUACAGUGGGGCUCUCUUUGGGUCCUGACAAAGCAAGGUGCAAUUCCUGCUCACCAGUGUCUCUGUGGAACCCCUCAGUGAGCAGCUGGGGGUGUGGGAGGGAAGGAGCAAACAGUACAGCAGAGGGGGCAACCCUCUCCUUCCAUCGGGAGCACUGACACCUGGGGAGUGCUUCUGCCAGAAGCUGUUUGAGCUCCCUUGGCCUUUCUCUUCUUGUAGGUUUGUGCUUCUUCUAUCUUAAUUAACACCAUGUACCUGUCUCUAUCCAAAGGACAGAUUCUCUGUUACAUAGGGCCGGGUGGUCCAAAGCAGAAAUCCUUGACUGUGCAGUCACACCUCCACGUCAUGUGUUGUAUCACACACUCAAAUUACCGGAGCUGUUUAAAAGCAAAUACCUAAACUUGAUAUGGCACAGCCUGUUUAAUCCACACCCAAGGCCAAUUUGGUUAAGAGCCCACAGACCCACCACGUGCACUGUGGUUAUGUGCGCUUAUAGACAAGGAGUGAUAUUUCCAGCAGCCCCUGGU